CGGCGUGCCCUGCUCAAAGAUGGCCGCCGGCGGCUUCGGCGUGCGCGGAGGUGGGAGGUGAGGGGCGGCCGGGCCGGGCUGCGGGAAGAUGGCAGAGAGCGAGCGGCGGGCAGGCACCUCUGAGGAGGUGGCUCCUCCUGUCCAGCAAUGCUUCAUGGUCCCGAAGAAGGAGAUAAAUGUGGUUUCUGACAUGGCCAAGUGGAAGCGCUCUCAGGCGUACGCAGACUACAUGGGCUUCAUCCUCACUCUGAAUGAAGGUGUCAGGGGCAAGAAGCUGACCUGUGAAUACAAAGUUUCAGAGGCUAUUGAAAAGCUGGUGGCUCUGCUGAACACCCUCGACAGAUGGAUCGAUGAAACCCCGCCAGUGGAUCAACCUUCUCGCUUUGGGAACAAAGCCUUCAGGACCUGGUACGCCAAGCUAGACCAGGAAGCAGAGAGGUUGGUGUCAACAGUGAUUCCCAAGCAUYUGGCUGAUGCUGCCCCAGAAGUGGCUGUGUACCUGAAGGAAUCCGUGGGGAACUCYACCCGCAUUGACUAUGGCACAGGGCACGAAGCUGCAUUUGCAGCCUUUCUCUGCUGCCUCUGCAAAAUCGGAGUGCUCAGAGUGGAUGACCAGAUGGCCAUUGUCUUCAAAGUGUUUAACAGGUAUYUGGAAGUGAUGCGAAAACUGCAAAAGACCUACAGGAUGGAACCUGCUGGCAGCCAGGGCGUGUGGGGCUUGGAUGACUUCCAAUUCCUACCUUUCAUAUGGGGCAGUUCCCAGCUGAUAGACCAUCCCAGUCUGGAGCCUCGGCACUUUGUGGAUGAUAAGGUGGUAAAUGAAAACCAUAAGGACUUCAUGUUCCUGGAGUGCAUCCUCUUCAUUACAGAGAUGAAGACGGGCCCCUUUGCCGAGCACUCCAACCAGCUCUGGAACAUCAGCGCCGUGCCCUCCUGGUCCAAGGUCAACCAGGGCCUCAUCCGCAUGUACAAGGCAGAGUGCCUGGAGAAGUUUCCUGUGAUCCAGCACUUUAAGUUCGGCAGCCUGCUCCCCAUCCAGCCUGUGACRUCCUAAGGGGGCUGCGGGAGGAGUCGAGGCAGCGGAGGCACAGCGCGGCGCUCUUCCUCCUCCCCUCACCCCCUCCUCACCACCCAGCCCAUCCAUUCCUGCACAUCCUCAUCAGCAACCACAGAUCCAAAGCACUCGCUGGCCUGGCACGGGAGAUGGGACCUGGAGCAGCUCCUCCUGCACGUCCUCACCCUGGGGACGUCUCGCCAGUGGCCGAGCUGGGGCCGUGCUGCUCUGCUGUGCCGCAUCCGUGUGACUGCUGGACAUGGGGAUGGGUUUGAACAGGGGCUCAAAGACCCUCUGCAUCCCUUCCCGRGAGAAAGGGGCGUGGAGGGGAGGAAGGCACGUGUGUAUGUGUUGGGCAGUGGUAACUGCAAUUUCCCUUUUGAAUUUCA